AUGUCCGGCGCUCGCCCACUCCUCUCCGCACGCGCGUCCUCGGACAUCAGCGGAGAGCGCGACAUAGCAGAAGAUGAAGCUCUGCUUACAGGCCGCCCAACAGCACACACGGAGAAGGACGGGCCGCGAUCAUGGAAGUUCUGGAGAGAAAUAGGUCUAUUUGUCUGGGCUGUCAUCGCAACCGCGGCCGUCAUCGUGCUCGCAGUCAUCUUCCAGAAGGCCGGUUCCGACCCCAAGGCUUCGCAUGCGAACGGGAAGAGGAACCUGAUCUUCAUGGUUUCUGAUGGCAUGGGCCCUACCUCGCUGUCGCUCACGAGAUCAUUCAUGCAGUUCCAGAACGGCGCACCCUGGAGCGAGCAGCUCGUUAUCGAUCAACACCUUAUCGGGCAGUCGCGAACACGGUCCUCUUCCUCUCUUAUUACCGACUCGGCAGCAGGCGCGACUGCGUUCUCUUGUGCGCAGAAGAGCUACAACGGUGCCAUCUCCGUAACACCCGACCACGAGCCAUGCGGCACAGUGCUGGAAGCGGCCAAGAAGGCAGGAUACAUGACUGGUCUCGUUGUGACUACGAGAAUCACGGAUGCGACACCGGCAUGCUUCGCCGCUCACGUCAACAUGCGAUCGGAAGAAGACCGCAUCGCAGAACAGAUGGUCGGAGACUACCCGCUUGGGCGCGUCGUGGACUUGAUGUUUGGAGGCGGCCGAUGCCACUUCCUGCCCAACUCAACGGUCGACUCAAGCUGCCGCGCCGACAACAAGGAUAUCGUGGAAAUGGCGAAGAAGAAAGGAUACAAAUACGUCGACGACCGCGCGGGCUUUGACAUGUUGAAAACAGGAGCGGGCCUAGAUCUGCCCAUCUUGGGACUUUAUGCCGACACAGAUAUCCCCUACGAGAUUGACCGCCGCAACGAGAACGACAUCUACCCUAGCCUGCACGAGAUGGCCGAGGUUGCCAUGAAGGCGCUGAGCGAUGCGACCAGGGACAGCGACAAGGGCUUCUUCCUUAUGAUUGAAGGAUCAAGAAUCGACCACGCAGGCCACCAUAAUGACCCUGCUGCUCAGGUACACGAGGUCCUUGCAUACGACAGGACCUUUACCAGCGUACUGGACUUUAUCAAGAACGAAAAGACAGAGACAGUCAUGGUCUCGACCUCAGACCAUGAGACAGGUGGUCUAGCUGUUGCCCGCCAACUCCACGCAUCCUACCCCGAAUACCUCUGGUACCCCUCCCCCCUCGCAAACGCAUCCCACUCCGCCGAGCGUCUCGCCCUCGAAUACACAAAGUACCUCCUCGCCGGUCCAUCUGAAGAGGACAAGGUCAACUUUGUGCGGAGUUCCAUCACAUCCGGUCUGGGCAUCUACGACUACACCGACAAGGAAGUCGCUGAUCUCGUUGCCGAGCCUAUUACCUCCCUAUACCAAUACGCAGACAUGGUCUCCCGCCGUUCACAAACCGGCUGGUCGACCCACGGUCACAGCGGCGCAGAUGUCAAUAUAUACUCUUCGGACCCCGAGGCUGCCAAGGCGCUGGCGGGUAACCAUGAGAAUACUGAGGUUGGAGAUUUCUUGAGGGAUUAUCUGGAUGUGGAUGUGGAGGCUGUUACUAAGGAGCUUAGGGAGAAGGGCACGGGGUUGAAGGUGCUGGAUGUAAAUGGUACGGAGGUUAGCUGGAUGGGAAAGAUACCUGAGGAGGGGCAGAGACUGGAUGGACAGACGCAUCUCGCGAGCUAUGGAGGUGAUCAUAAGAAGAGAGGGGAUGGUGGUGUUGUCCACGGUGAGGAGUGUGGCUGUGGACAUUGA